GUGUUGUGUAAAAAAAUUGUGUAGGUACAUGUGUAAUUUUCUCAGAUAUAUUUCUAAAAUAUUUCCAAAAUUAUUUGUAAAUCCGAGACGAUGGCCAACAACUCCACUGUAAGGAAGGUGAUGCAAGUGUCCGAGGAGUCGGCACCAGCUGUGCACAUUCCCAUCAUGGUGGGCAAUGAGAUCUUCGUGCUCACCCAACAAGAUGUGCGUCGCGUGGAGGACGUCCGAAUACUUAGCUACAGUCGCCUGGGAUCCAACGGACAGCUGAGACCUGUGGACUCGACUUCGCCAGCGCCAGUGGCUUUCUCCCUGCCCACCGCAACCACCACGAACAUCUGUACUCUGGAGGAUCUUCUCGCACAGACCGCGCGAAAGAGAGUCAAUUUUCAGAUGGACGUCGACCAUGAUGCGGAUGUGAAGCAUCCUUCGAACACGGCCAAUUCUCCCAGUCCUUUCCUGCAGCCCGUCUCCUCCCGAACAAGGACAGUUGCCAGCGUGACCACUCAGUUGGCAUGGUCCAAGAACAAGGCAGAACCGGAACCCGUUUUUCCACUUUGCUACAGCGCCGGCACCUCUACAAGUGGCCUGAUGACGAACACCGGCUGCCAGCACUGUCCCAGGUCCGCGACGCACCACUCGAGCUGCCAAACUCAGAACUAUCCUAGCGCGACUCCUAUUGUGCAAGAGAAGGCGCCUCAGAAUGCGAGUUGCCAAACUCAGACAUCUCCUAUUGUGCAGAAGGAACCACCCCAGAACUCUGCUUGCCAAACUCUGAACUAUCCUAGUUUAAAUCCGAUUGUGAAGAAGGAGCCGCCGCAGAACUCGGCUUGUCAAACCCAGAGCUCUUCCAGUCCAAAUCCCAUUGUGAAAAAGGAGCCACAGAACUCGACUCAUCAGACGCAGCCGAAAACUUUCUCCACAGGCUGCAAUACUUCACUUAGCCACCUGAGCAACAAGUCCUCCGCCGAGUCAUAUACAUCAGAUGAAUGUCAAUAUACGACAUCGGAAGAGAGCCAUCAGCCCUGUCGGCACUGCAAGUCCCAACAGACCUGCGUGGAACAGGAGCUGAUGGCGCAGGUUCGACCGCAGGUUCAGACUUCCAGAUGUCCGCCGGAGCAGCCUUGCACAUCGCGACAAAUUCACUUUGAUCUCGGUCCACAAGAUCGGCAUAGGGAAUGCUUUGAAAGGAGACCCUGUACUCAGCAACUUGAUAGGCCUUUAAGGAUGAAGGAGCCGGAUUUUUAUAGGUCAACUCCACUAAGUAAAACUCUUUAUCCACGAACCAUCAAUAAAGCUCCAGAUUCCAUAAGGCACAUCAAGCGGAAUGUUAGCUACGAGGAACUCCAAAGGGGAAGUAGGUACAAGAACUCACAGCAGUAAUCUUGUACUUUUCCUAAUCACUUCUAUAUUUCUACUUUCUUUA